CCUCUGUAUAAAGGGACGGCAAGUCUUAUCCUCUAACAGUUCACUCUUCUGCACUCCUACAACCAGGAAUGAGGAAUCUCGACAGAAACCAUGAGUUCGACAGAAACUCGAAAUUCCUUUGGGGCAACAGCGCCACCAUUCAUUGACUACCUGAAAGAUAUUCUGAGAGGAUAUCCAGAUGGUGGACAAAUUCUGAAGGAGCUGAUCCAAAAUGCUGAUGAUGCCGGAGCCACAAGAGUUGUUUUCAUCCAUGACGAGAGGAAUUAUGGUCACGAGAGUAUUUUGACUGAUGAAUUUGGAAAAUAUCAAGGUCCUGCUCUCUUUGCCUUCAACGAUGCAAGGUUCACUUCAGAGGACUGGCAAGGUAUUCAAGCUACAGGAAGAAGCGUCAAGCGCAAGGACCCAAACAAAGUUGGGCGCUUUGGGAUCGGCUUCAACUCUGUGUACCACAUCACAGAUGUGCCAUGGAUCUUAAGCUCAGACCAUCUAGCCGUGCUAGAUCCCCAUGAAAAACUUUUUGGACAAGGACAUGGGGGUUAUCAGUGGUCUUUAGCCGAUAAUAAAGACCAGGAAUCUUUGAAGACUUUCGAGGAUCAAUUCAGGCCAUUUCAAAAUAUUGUCGAACAUCUAGUCCAAAAACAGUGGACGGAGGUCCUCGAAGACCAGCACUUUGAUGGGACACUUUUCAGAUUUCCUUUGCGCAAAGAGAUAUCUAAAAUCUCAGAUAAUUUGUAUAAUUCAGACAAAGUUGCCAAGCUUUUUGUCAGCUUCAUUGCAGAUGCAGAAUUAUGUCUAUUGUUUUUAAAAAAUGUGCAAUCCGUGUCUUUAAUUCACGUCAUGACAGACAGCUCUAUCAAUGUUAUGCUUGAAGUGACUAGCUCAUCUUCUGAAGGAGCAGUUUUGGAGUCAAGGGAUGGAUCAAUCAUCAAGAGCUCAACAAACUUUAAAGACAUAACUGUCACAUCAGAAGAUCGAGAAGAAACCAAAAAUUGGCUCUUGACUACUUGUUGUCUGAAAGAGGGCAAUGUGCCGAAAGUGGAUUCACUGGCAGAGAAGCUGUGUUUUCUACCACAAGUUGACUUGGCGUUUCCAUGUGGUCAGAAUAAUGACAGUGGGAACAGUAGAUUGAGUUGCUUUCUCCCACUUCCUAACAAUGAAUCACACAAGACUGGACUUCCACUUUAUGUCAACGCAUCCUUUGGCCUCACAAACAACCGAAGAGACAUCAAGUGGCAAGAAGAAGAUCAGAAACAAGACGAGUGUGCCAUGUGGAAUGAAUUGCUGGUCAAAGAGGUGCUUCCACAAGCAUAUCUCGUGAUCCUUAAAGAUGCCAUUGAAUUAUCCAAAAACUCUGAGCUCCCUCUCUCCUCUGUGUAUGAUAUUUGGCCUGACUUUACACAACUUGAGCAUAAAGAAAAAUGGCAUUCAGUUGCCAAGAAUGUUUUACAAUGCUUAUUUAGGGAGAAUAUUGCUGUGCUCCCUCUUGCUGCAGAUGAAAAAAUAUUUGUCUGCCCUUUAGAAGCUGUGCUGCCCUGCGAUUCUUCAACAUGCCCUAAAGUAUCAGCUGCCAUUCAAAACAUUUUGAUUUCCUGUGGAGAUAACCUUGUGAAAAUCACAGAAAGGGUGGAAAGAGCGAUUGAGAUGGCAUACCCACAUCCUGAAUCCCUGAAACGAGUCACUCCAACCUUUCUCCGGGCCAUUCUCCACAAAACAGAUUUGCAGAAUGUAACAAAAGAGGAGAAGGUAUCUCUUUUAGAAUAUGUUUUAAGCGAUGGAACUUACGAAGAACUCCAAGGCCUUCCACUGCUUCCUCUCAGUGAUGGCACUUUCAGAUCCUUUACGAACAAGGCGGAAGACGUUGCUUUCAUCGAUAGCCAAGACUUUCCAAGGUCCCUGCUGCCUGGUUGCAAACACUUGUUCAUCCCUCAGGACCUGAGCACCACCUGCCAAACACAUCUGAAAACGCUUGCCACAAGAGAUAUAUUCAACGUCAUCAACAUUGACGCAGACAAGGUCACUGAACUGGCAAAGAGGUAUUUGCCUACGGAUUGGAAACAGGGAAUGGAGCAUGUCACCUGGGAAAUUGGAAACUGCCGGCAUCCACCAGCCGGAUGGCUUCAAGAGUUCUGGAAAUUCCUUAACACUCAUUUCAGAGAGUUAAUUGAUUUCACUGGCAUGCCUUUAAUAUCCAUUGAGUCCCAAUUGGAGCCCACGCAGCCCAUGUUACUCGCAAGAAUACAACAGAAUACAACCCUAAUUUUUCAGAGAAGCAAACAGGAUAGCUUGCCACAGCAGAUUGCUGAAUUGGUGAGAAAAGUUGGCGGCACUGUUGUGAGAGGAGCUGAGUGGCUUAAACAUGAAGACAUAGGCUCUUAUGUGCUGCCCCCUUCUCCACGGAGUGUCCUUCAGGUCAUCGUGAACACAGAUUCUGAUCAUCUCAUCAAAGUAAUUCAGGCAGUUUCUCAUGAUGACAGAGAGGAACUUAAGAACUAUCUCUGUUGCCUGGAUUCUCUCUCAGCCAGAGAGCAAGAUGUUCUCUCAGAGUUACCUUUGUUCCAGACCAUGAAGGGAUCAUGUGUUGAUUCUCAAUCAAAGCAGGCUGUAAUUUUGGAUUCCUGGUUAACGAUCCCAACAGAACUCCCUAUGCCUGACAACGUCAUACAGUGUGUCACUGAGGCCGACCGCAGACUCCUACAACAACUCAACAUUGAUAUCCUUGAUACACCUCAAGCAGCUAGUCUACUGAUUGAUUGUGUUCAGUGUGAUGCUUUCGGAAAGGAUGCUACAGAGAAAACAAUGACAUGGAUUUUAGAACAUGGUGGUAACCUGUUCUCUCAAAAUGAAGCUUUAAAAGCCAAAUGUAAGGAGCUGAACUUCAUUCAACUCAAUGAAGGCUGGAAAAAGGCAUCACAAUUAUUUGAUCCCAGAAUUGAAACCUUCAAGGAUCUUUUUCCUUUGAACUUCUUCCCACCAGCCAUGUACACACAAACAGCACAAAUGCUUCAGAGUUUAACAGAACUUGGAUUGCUAAACAAGGAAGCAGAUCUCACUACUUUGCAUUUGUUGGAUGCUGUCAAACAGAUUGAGAAUUUGCAACUUAACUUUUACAAGAAGGCUGUCAAAAGGGCUGAGGUCAUUCUUAGCCUGCUCAAUACAAAUGAUGUGUUGUCCAAAUUCUCUAAACCACAGCUCAGAACCCUGUUGAUGAUGAAAUGGGUGCCAUGUGUUAAACCAGGACAACAAAACAAGGAGAGACUUUGCUUCUUCUGUCCACAUGAAAUAGGACAUUCAAAGUAUGAGGACAUUGUUGGGCAUGUAAUGCCCCUGAAAAAAGAGCUUAGUGAGGUGGUACGCAAUAAACUUGGCAUCGAACACUUGCCCCCACCGCUCAAAGUGUUGGAAAACAUGUCAGUGAUAUCAUCAAUUGCACAUACACUAAUCGAUCCAGAUACAGAUGUGGAUUUCAACAGGAAGCUGCAUAGUACUUACACGUACAUGCAAGGUCAUAUUCAUGAGUUUGCAGAAAUUGUGACCAAGGACACAAAGUGGCUGUGGGCACACAACAAGUUUGUUUCUCCUGUGGAUCUAGUUCUUCAGUACCCUCAAAAUCUAGAUCUAAGUUCGUACAUUGGGAAAAUUCCAAAAGAAUUUCUUCCAUACCAGAAGUUGCUCAUCCAUUUUGGAUUAAGGCAGUGCCUUUUAAUGGAAGAAAUAGUUGGCAUUCUUAAUCAGAUCAAAGGCUCCAUUGAAGAAAGGCAGAUACCAGUUGGGAGUCCUGGUGAACUGAAAAUGGCGAUUGAAAUACUCAACUGGAUGGGGAGAGAGAAAAGAGUUGUUGAAGAAGACAUCCCUGUUCCAGUCAUUACCGAUGAUGAACAUUUUACCUUAAAGCCACUGUCAACAACAGUCUUCUGUGACAUCAGCAGAGAUGGUUUGGAGGCACUCAAUAAUCAUCAGGAAGAAUUCUAUGUCAUUCAUGCAGAGAUACCAAGAGCCACUGCUGAGUGGCUGAAGAUCCCACUGCUCAGCACACGGAUACUUAGCCCUGAGAUGUUAGGAAUGCAACAGUGUGGACAGUCGGAACCGAUAACAAUGCGCAUUAAAAACAUCCUGAAUGAAUAUGACGAGGAACAUGAUAUCUUUAAAGAGCUGAUUCAAAAUGCUGAGGAUGCUAGAGCAAAGGCAUGUAGGUUCAUGGUCGAUUUCAGAGUGCACAAAGAACCGCCAGAAAGUCUUUUUGACCCUGGAAUGACUGCUUGUCAGGGACCCUGUCUUUGGUCGUAUAAUGAUGAGCAAUUCACGGAGGCUGAUUGGACCAAUAUAAUCAGAGUAGGAUCCGCCUCAAAAGAAAACAUGGUUGAUAAAAUUGGAAAGUUUGGCCUCGGAUUCAAUACAGUUUAUCAUGUGACGGACUGUCCCUCCAUCCUUAGUGGCAGUCAUCUCCUCAUGCUGGAUCCAAAUGUAACCCACCUGAAGAAGCACAUAAAGGAAAAAACGAAUCCUGGAAUUAAGCUGGACCUAACCCACCAUGAUCUCUUCAAGUGGUUUCCAGGGCAGUUCAAAUCGUAUGAAAACAUCUUUGAUUGUCAUUUUAGCAGGCUCAGCACUGAUAAACUCUACAAAGGUACUCUCAUCAAACUACCCUUCCGAACACAAGAAGAGGCUUUCAAGUCAGAAAUAAGCACUAAAGUGUAUGACAGGGUCAAUAUUGUUGGUUUCCAAAAUAAUUUCAUGAGCAAUUCACAAAUUUACCUGCUCUUUCUAAAAAAUGUAAAUACAGUUUCUCUACAAAAUAUCACAGAAAAUGCCUCAACUCCUCCACAAGAUGACCAUAUACGGACUCAAUCUUAUGUCUCAAAGACCAUUGUGAGUAGCAUUAAGAUACCACACCAAAUUGAAGGAGUUGAAAGGCUGGUCAGUGAAAAUAAAAAAUGCUACGAAUUAAUUGACUGUCACACAGCACAAAUUGUCCAAAUUGAACAACAAGAAAGUGGAUCAGUCAAUUUCUGGCUCUUAUACAAUUGCUUUGGAACACAAGAGUGCCUCAAAAUGAUUCAUGACAAAAACAAGGAAGCCAAGUUCACUCUGCCUGUUAGCGGAAUUGCUGUGCCUCUCGACAAAAAUCCCAAUUCAGAGAAAUGGAGGCCGUCAAAAACAGAACUAAUUGGUCAAGCCUUUUGCUUCCUUCCUCUCUCCAUUCAAACAGGUCUUCCAGUGAAUCUGAAUGGGACAUUUGCAGUGACUUCGAAUCGGAAGGCUCUUUGGGCAAGGGGAGUGAAAAAUGAGUGGAACAAGGCUCUCCUUCAGGACCCUGCAAAAUCAGCAUAUAUCACUGUGCUCUCUGUAUUGAAGAACAUGUCUGAAGAAAAAGACUUGGAAGGCUACUGUUACUUCAUCUAUUGGCCUGAUCGGGAAAAAGUGACAAAACCAUUUCAACCGUUGGUGGAUGCUUUUUACUCUGCUGUUGUCCAUCAAAAUGCACCAGAGAUCUUCAGUGAUGGCGAGCACUGGUGUUGCUUCAACAAGGCUAUCUUUUUACAUGAAAGCAUUGAAGAGAACGAGGAAAUUGGUGGACUUGCAAUGAGAGUAGCUCAAAGCCAUGUGAAACAGCCCAACCAUGUGGUUCCUCUUCCAAUUUGGCUGAGAAACAGCUUCAAAAAGGCUGGCUUACAAAAAGAUAUAGAGAGCAGAACAUGGAACUGGGAGAGAUUUUAUGAAGAAGCUGUGUUUAGGAAUCUGGCUACCAUGGAUGCUGAAAGUAGGAAUGCUCUUGUGCUGCAUGCCAUUGACCUCGACUUGACUGAAAUUGAUGAUCUACUAAUGCUCCAUCCAUGCAUUCCUACAAAGGGUGGACAACUUCAAUGCAUCAAGAAAGUCGUUAAUCCUACUGGAAAAGUGGCCUGUCUUUUUCAACAGACAGAAGGUCGCUUGCUUGAGGGGACCGAAAAUGACUUUAGUGCCCCUAGAAGAGUGCAACGCUUGUUGGAACUUGGAAUGUUGAGUGACCAUAUCCCAUUGGAAGAAAUUGCACACAAAGUUGGCAGCAUAAAUUAUGUGUGGAAUAAAGACCAAAAAAAAGCAUGCGUACAAUUGAAAUGUGUUAUGGACCAGUUGUGUGUUAAUCUGCAUGACAAGGACUCGCUCUACUGGGAAUCAAUCAGGAACACUGCCUUUCUUCCAGCCUUUUCUCCAGAGUCGGAAAGGGUCACACUUCAGAAGCCCAUUGAUGUUUUUAAUGAGAAAUACCGCCACCUUGUGAACAUGACAGAGCAUGUGCUUGAUCACACCAACUUGGAAACAUACGAAGUGGAUACAGUCUUAAACGUUUUGAAAGUUCGUCAGAGUCCACCACUUGAGACAGUGCUGCAACAGCUGGAACGCACUAGUUUAAAAAAACAGAGCUCCAACGAAACCAGGCUUCACGAGAUAGCCAAUAAAUGCUAUACAUUUCUCAAUCAGUGGCUCGAGCAGUAUGGAGAUACCCCACUAAUUUCAGAAAGGGCACAUUCAUUUCCGUUCAUUCUUGUUGGCUGCAAGUUUGUACAUGCACAAUAUGUGGCAGAAAAAGAGGACUUUGAGGCAAAGCCAUACCUUCAUGUACUUCCAUCGGUCUUUGCAUGUUUCAAGAGCCUAUGGGAGACUGUUGGCGUUCAAAAGAAAUUCACAAAAAGUCAGUAUCUCACGGUUAUCGAGGGAUUACAUGCCUCACAUGGACAGAAGCCCCUUUCCAAGUCCAAUCUCAAUAUCUGCCUCACAGUAUUGAGGGGUUUGUAUGAGAAGAAAGAAAAAAUAAAAGACUGUCUCAUCCCCAAUGAGCAUGGGGUUCUGCAACCUGCAGCAGAGUUAUCCUUCAAUGACAGUCCCUGGAUGCCGCUCAAUUUAGGAGUGACACUUUGCCAUGAGGAUAUUACUCGAGUGAUGGCAUGCCAUUUUGGAAUCAAGACAACCAAACAUCAAACUCUGGAAAAUUCUGUAGUUGCAAACAUGUCACCAUUUGACUUUGAGUUUGAGCAGCGAGAGGAACUGACAGUGAGAAUUAAAAACAUUAUUGCGGCCUAUCCAUCCAAGAAAGAUAUUCUGAAAGAGCUAAUUCAAAAUGCUGAUGAUGCAGAAGCCACAGAAAUCCAACUGGUCUGGGACAAAAGACACCAUGGAACAGAAAAAACCUUUGGAAAGAAGUGGAACACUCUGCAGGGCCCUGCAUUGUGUGUCUACAACAACAAGGUGUUCUCUGAUGCAGAUCUGAAAGGCAUCCAGCAGCUGGGAGAAGGUGGCAAACACAACACUCCAGGCAAAACAGGAAAAUAUGGAAUUGGAUUCAACUCUGUGUAUAACAUAACGGAUUGCCCUUCUAUCUUAACUGGAGAUAAAAUACUCUGCAUUUCUGAUCCAAAUCAAACAUACAUUGAAAGCCCAUCAGGGAAAACAUCUGGGUGUGGGUACAACCUUGAUUCAGCUUUUAAGGAGACAUACCUUGAUGUCUAUGAGUCAUUUCUGCCCAAGGAAUUUUCUCUUGAAGAGGGAACAAUGUUCAGAUUACCGCUGCGAAUUGGUACAAUGGCAAACAACUCUAAAAUCUCCGCCCAGGGUAUCACUGACCAAGACAUUGAAGGUUUGUUCUCGGCCCUUCUUGAUGACCCAGAGGGGUUGAUUCUCUUCUCAAAAAAUAUUCAGAAAAUACAACUCCAUAAAAUUGAAGACUCUGGAAAACUAGAAAAUGUCUUCAACGUUGAAAAAUAUGUAAAGGAAGAAAGAAAGAAAAGAAAAAACAAAAGCUACAGGGAAAAAACUCAAUUUCAAAGGAAACUAAAAAAUGCCUUGAAAUCGGACGGUUCAGUAACACCAGACCAGGCCAUUUACAGAAUACAGAUUUCAACGUCCUCCAAGAGCAAAAGUGAAUGGGUAAUUGCUGAUCAGUUUGGAUCAUUUAAAGGUGACACUGGUAGACGGUUCGACAAGCUGCCUCAAGCAUCAGUUGCUGCAUGUGUGGACUGCAAGCCUUACAUAAAGGAGAAUUUCAAAGGUGGAACCUUUUGUACCCUUCCUCUACCUGUUCAAACUGGCCUUCCAGUCCAUGUGAAUGGGAACUUUGAAGUAGACUCAUCCAGGAGGGACCUAUGGAAAGAGGAUGGAAAAAGUUUGAAAGUAGAUUGGAAUUUACUUUUGAAAAUCGAUGUCAUAGCUCCCCUGUAUGCAGACCUGCUUUAUAACAUCUGUCGUAACAUUCCAAAGAGUAUCAUCCGUUCCACACCUGGAGACAGUCAUUUUCUCCAUGAUUAUCUACGUUUUUUCCCAUCUGUAUCAGAAGGUAUUGCUCUGGACUGGCAAGAAAUGAUCCAUGAAGUUUACAGAUCAAUUUGCAACAAGGCUUUUGAUGUCAUUCCAGUGUCGAAGGGAACAGUUCGAAACCCCUCAUAUGUGUCAUUUAAGGAGUACUCUUUUGAAUGGUGUAAUGUCAAAGAGGCAGAGCAAACUGAUUCACCACAUUUGUCACUAGAGGAAGAGACACCAUCCAUCAACCCCAUGUUGGAGAGGCUUGGAAUGAAAUUGGUUCCUUUUUCUACCGAUAUGGCAAACAUUUGGGAAAGUUUCAAAGCUGCUGGGGUGAAAGUUAGGUCUGUAUGCCCUUCAACUGUGAACGAUUUUCUUCGAGGAAAGCCACUCAAUGAUCCUACCAAAACCACGAAGGGUUUACCAUUGCCAAUCAAACAAACACUAAUUCAAGAUAGAAAAACAUGCACCAAACUGUUGAGUUUCUGCUUGAAAGACAAGGGCUUGAAUGUUGAGAAGAACAACCCUUGUUCAAUUAGUGGACUCCCUCUUCUUCUAACAAAUGACCACAUUUUGAGGGUCUUUGAUUCCAGCGAUCCUAAACUAUUCACCAGAUAUCAUUCUCUGUUUUGCGGAUAUGAGAAGGAUUUUGUUGAUUAUCGGACAAUUGAAAUGCACAUUGAAGUUCUACAACCCAAAUAUGUUAAAAAGUUAACAAUUCCUCAUGCAGAGAAGUAUCUGAAAGCUAUACUUCCCCAUCUCCUCAAAGAAUGUGAGGUUGAUCCACUUUUUGGUUUCCAUGUACCAAAUGCAGCAAUAGAGGAGUGGUUGAUAAGUGCUUGGCAGUUUUUCGCAAGUCAAUUAUCCCAAUGUGAACACGGCAAGCAAAGUAUGACAUUAAGUACAGUUCGGGAGCUUUUUGAUGGCUGUCAAAUGUUGCCUGUUGUGUGCCAAAGGUCAAAUAACAAACACUUCUUGCAAACAAUGAUGAGCAUGCCAAGUGUGAUUCAAUUUAAGUCGAAUGAGGGCAUACAAAGCAUUCUGUUUAACCUUGGAUGCAUGAGGCUUGACAUUUCACUAUUCUUAAGUCUUGAACCACAGGUACUGACAGUGCCUCACUCUGAAUUUUUGAAUACAAGUGAUAAAAGUGCUGUGUUGGACUUUGUUUUAAAACUAAAUCCUUCCGAGUUUUGCAACCUUUCUAAUUACGAGCUAAGUGAGCUACAGAGGUUUCUACAGUGUGGACUAUUGGAAUCAAUGGACAGGAGUCAGUAUCAGAGAAAAGUCAAAUCUUUGCCAAUAUUUGAAACACCAGAUGGAAAGCGAGUCAGGAUUGAUGGACCUGGACAGGUAUUCAUUGUCAACGGCAUGUCAAACUUUCGAGACUUGUUCAAUCUGAAAGAGAGCAGCAGCACUUUUCUUAAACAAAGUUCAGAAAAUGAGCAACUCUCGGAAGAAUUCCAGAUCCCUAUCCUUUCUGAUCUUCAGUAUUUUGUUAUGUUCGUCCUGCCUGUCAUGCAUGCACUCACAGAGGAACAGAUUCUUCGCUCCAUCAAAAUGUUGUUGUCACUGCAAAUCGAUUCAGAGUAUCCUAAACAUGAAGCAAACAUCAUCUCCUCAAUGAAGGGAGUGAAGCUGAUCCGCAGUGUCGAAGGAAAUUUAGAGAUGGCAUCAUUCUACUUUGAUGACCAUGUGGGGUUGUACACCAUAAUGUUGCCUCAAGGGAAAUUUGUGCCUCCAAGAUUUUGGAAGGCAAUUUGUAACACAUCCAUGAAAAUACAAGCAAGAGAAUUGGUUAAGAAACUGGGAAUGAAGCAUUCUGUAUCAAACGAUGAAAUAAUUGCUUUUGCAUACCAAAUUGAAUCUGAGUCUAAAGGGAACUGUGAACUGGAAGACUUACAACUAAAAGCAACUGAACUGCUGAGUACUGCAAUGAAAAAGGCAGGAAAUAACAAGGCACAAGAAAUUGACAAUGAAUUGAUCAAGUCCUUGGCUGACAUCAAAUUUCUUUUACCAGUGCAAAUAAGAAAAGAUCUGUGCACCUUUCAAAGUCCAGCUGUGGUUGGGAGAACUUUAGCUCUCAGGGGGUCAUUGAUCGGACAUCAUCAUCAGCAUUUGAUUUGGACUUCAAUGCCAAUCAUAGCUCUCAAGCCAAAUGACAUCAAAGAAAUUAUAAAAAUAUCUGGAGCCUUUGAAGAACCACCCAUGCUGUCUGUCACCACAAACAUGGCGAACGUCUGCCAGUUACCUUGUCAGUCUGAUGAGCUUAACAAAAUCAGGGCUGUUGUUUUCAGGCAUUCAUAUGCCUACUUACAAAACACCUCAAUUCCAGUUGAUGGAUUAACUGGCUUGCCUGUUGUGUUAGUUGAAAACGACACACAACUUGUAAAAGCUGAAGAGACUUCCCUUGGACUGCCCAACCACUUGGACUUCAGGCCCUACUUGUACAAAAUCCAGCCAAAGGAUGCAAUGUAUGCAGAGUUCUUUAAGAGAAUUGGUGUGACUCAGGAACCAACAGUAGAGCAGUAUUGUCACGCUCUCACAGCGGUUUUCCAUGAUUCCGUUGAAAAACAAACACCAAACUCAAAUCAAAAGAAGACCAUCAGGCGGGCUGUUGAGCAGAUAUUCCUCCUACUUAAGAGACAGGAAAAGGGAUCCCCCCUCAUAUUUUCGGAGAUGUUGUACCUCCUGUCAAAAGAUGGCAAACUUUACCCCUCAGAUAAACUCUACUUUAAUGACACAGUAUUUCAGGCAAGCAGGUUGGAGAAAGCAUUGGCAAAUAAGCUGCCGCUACUUGCGAGCCUUAGCAUAUGCCAUUUGGGGGACGAUAUGUAUGAGCAUCGUCAACUGGUACAAAUGUUGCCAGAAAAUCUUCAGCCCAAAAUGCUCUCUCAGUGUACCGAGGAGCGUUUGGGAAAAUCAAACAUGCACAUUUGUCAGGACGGAAAAAGCUGUGAAUUCCGUAUAUGGUUUGAGAAACAUCUGUCAUCUAGAGCCUUCCGACAUGGACUUAUCUGUCUCCUGAGAGAACAGUCAAAAGGCGAAAUCACAAAAGAAGAGGCUGGCGACAUGUGUGACCAGACGUUUGGCAGUAUUCAAAUCAUCUGCUGCAGGAGCAUUGAAACAGAGCUUUGUUUGGAUCAACAGCCACUUAAUGAUACAGUGGCGGAGGCUGACGUCUUCGUCAAAAAAGGACAACAAGAAUGUACCUUUUAUUUGAAACACAACGAUGACAUGGCUCCAAAAUUGAUGAUUGAAAUAAACUUGACAAUGUCAAAAGAGAUAAACGCUCUAUUAGGGAACAAACUUGCCUCCAAUCAUCUACCUGUCCUUGGGGUUCUUUUGAUGUGUGACAGCCUGCCGGAGGUCCAGCAAAAGCUCGCAGAGCACGGAAUUCAUGACAGCGCAGAAGCGGACAACUCUGCUCUAUACCCAGCAGAACCUGGGAGUGUUAUCCCAGAUGAAUGGCUUGACUGCCUUGAUAUGAACAUGCUCAAUAACUUUGAAGAAGGCGAAUAUGUAGGCUAUUUGAGCAAUGACAUCUACAUUUAUGCAGUUAUUGUCAAGAAAAUGCCUGGAGCCACUGGACAACUAUCACGCGGGUAUAAAAUCCAAACCAACAUCAACGAGCUCAUCGAAGUGAGUUCGCUUGAGCUCUAUCAGUUCACAAGAGAAAAGAAGCCCAAAUUGAAAAAGAUGAGCAUUAAAUCAGGAGCAUCCUGCAUGGAACUGGAGCUACAUGAAGGAUCAGAGUGGAAUGGAAAAGAGGAGUUCUCUGAGGAAACAUCCUCACCUGGCAGGACGUUGCCAGCAUCUUUAGAUGAAGCCAAAAGGGAAAUUGACAAUUGUUUGGAAGAAAUCUGGACCCUUUCCAAGGAGGAGAAACAUACAGCCAUAAAAAGACUGUACCUCAGAUGGCACCCUGACAAAAACCAAGAGUGCAUUGAGAUUUCCACUGAGGCAUUUAAAUACCUGAAGAACAGAAUUGAUGAACUGACAAACGGUAAAACUUUAGAAUCCUCAAAGCCUAAAUGGAGCGGAAACUUCAGGGAUUUCUAUGAAAAUUGGAAUCAGGAGGCCAGGCGGCACAGGAAGGGCCGGGAGCGAUUUCAUAAACAGUAUCCCUCCUAUAGUUACAACUUCUGGACACAUCAAGAAAACGUCCCAACGCCAGAUCGAGCAGAGGCCCAGCGUUGGCUGCGGCAGGCACGCUGUGAUUUAGCGGCAGCUGAGAAUGACAUUGCCAGCGGGAGCACAGAAUGGUGUUUGUUCAAGGUUCACCAAAUCAUGGAAAAGGCUCUCAUCGCUGCAGAGUACAAAAGAAAUGGGAAACGUUCUGCUAACUGCACCAUCUCCAUCAUGGCGGCACGAGUUGCUUGCUUCGAUCCUCGAUUAAGCGAGCUCACUCAAAUAGUGAACAGUGUAAAGUUGCUUGGAGUGGAUGCCAAGAAAACUCAAUACCCUGACUAUGCUUCCCUUAACAUUCCUCACGAACAGUUCAAGGAAUGCGACGAGCGGCCAGCUGUGGAUAUGGCUUCAGAGCUUCUGUGCAUGAUAGAGGCUUAUGUUCAUUAAGAAUUUGUGAUUAAAUGCUGUUUUAUCUUACUUUUUAAAAUAAUUGUAUCUUAAAAUUCCAUAAACAAAAGGUGGAAAUAAAUCCAGAGAGUAGGAUCAGAUAUCUUUUUUAUAUUUUAGAUCUUUUUUAUUUACAUAGGUAUCAUUUAAUUAGGAUAAUUGUAUAGUUCUAUGCAUCAUUGUACGUUGUGUUAGUGUUAUGUGAACAAACUUUUCACUCUUUAUUGAACAAACCUGUCGAACAAACUUAAUGAUUCCUUAAUGACGAGUGAAAUAAUUUACUGUUUUGCAGUUUUUGUUUCCAUAUACUCCUCUUUUAUUUUACUGUUAAUGUCAACAUUGUUAUGUUUGAUGCAUCUUUUGAUUUUAUUAAAUCCUUUGAGGAUAAAUGAAGCGCCCCUGGAGGCCAAGGGGGCAGGUUGUGGAGGCGGUGUUCCACAGAUUUCCGACAGAUGGCGCCAGUAAGAACAUCGGUGCCAAUCAUUGAAAUGCGGAGCACCUGAGGAGCAGGUGGGAAGCAUGCUUUAAAAAGCAUGCUUCCACACUCAUUCAGGGCUCUCCUGGUUCGCGUGUGCGGAGAGACCAGUCUCGUGGGUGAUGGGAUUCCACCCAGAGGAAAAAGACUGUUGAUUCCUCCAAAGCUGAGUUUUUUGGUUUGCUUUGUUAGAUAUAUCAUUUAUGAAUGAAUAAAAGUGCCAUUUUGGCUUUAGGUAA